GCGGCGGCGGCGGCGGCGGCGGCGCGACCCCGGCCGGGAGCGAGCGGGCAGAGGCCCGCGCGGAGCGGCUGCCGGACGCCUCGGGUGCCGGGGCGGGCGGACCAUGGACCGUGCGGCGGGCGCCGUCCUCGGGAUGCUCUUUCUUUUGUCUGCUCGGCCGUGGAGCACGGCGGUGGCAGGGAGCCCUUAUAGCUGUGACGCCCCGCUGGCAUCCACCUUGCCUCGAGCGUCCUUCAGCAGCUCCUCGGAGCUGUCCAGCAGCCACGGCCCUGGGUUUGCAAGUCUUAAUCGCAGAGAUGGGGCUGGUGGCUGGUCUCCACGCGUGUCAGAUAAAUACCAGUGGCUGCAGAUUGACCUCGGAGAGAGAAUGGAGGUCACAGCUGUGGCCACCCAGGGAGGAUACGGGAGCUCCGACUGGGUGACCAGCUACGUCCUUAUGUUCAGUGAUGGCGGGAGGAACUGGAAGCUGUAUCGGCGAGAAGAAAGCAUCUCGGGUUUUCCAGGAAACACAAACGCAGACAGCGUGGUACAUUACAGACUCGAGCCUCCCUUUGAAGCCAGGUUCCUGCGCUUCCUCCCCGUAGCCUGGAACCCUAAGGGCAGGAUUGGGAUGCGGAUAGAAGUGUACGGAUGUGCAUACAGAUCUGAGGUGGUUAAUUUUGAUGGAAAGAGCUCCUUGAUAUACACAUUGAACCAGAAGUCCGUGAGUCCAACAAAAGAUGUCAUUUCUUUGAAAUUUAAGACCAGGCAGACCGAUGGGAUUCUACUCCACCGAGAAGGACAAAAUGGCAAACACGUCACCCUGGAGUUAGUUAAAGGAAGACUCAUCUUAUCCCUUAAUUCAGGCCAUGCUAACCUGCCGUCCCCUGACGCCCGUGUGACCCUCACCCUGGGCAGCCUGCUGGACGACCAGCACUGGCAUUCUGUCCUCUUGGAGCUCCUGAACGCACACGUCAACUUCACCGUGGACAGGCACACGCGGCAUUUCCAGGCAAAGGGCGGGUCCCGCUAUUUGGAUCUUGAUGAUGAGAUCAGCUUCGGAGGGAUUCCCGGACACAGAAAAUCAGUGGUGUUCCCACAUAAAAACUUUCACGGCUGCUUCGAAAACCUCUAUUAUAAUGGAGUGGAUAUCAUUGAUUUGUCCAAGAAACGCAAACCGCAGACCCUCGUCGUGGGAAAUGUGUCUUACUCGUGCUCACACCUUCAGAUUGUCCCUGUGACUUUUCUGAGUUCCAGCAGCUACUUGGCUCUCCCGGGUGCCUCUGGAGAGGACAAAGUGUCAGUCGCUUUCCAGUUUCGGACGUGGAACAGAGCAGGGCUGUUGCUGACCAGUCAGUUAAAACACGGGUCGGGGGCUCUUGUCCUUGUUCUAAAUGAUGGAAAACUCAAGCUGAGUCUCUCCCAGCCCGGACAUCCAUCGAGGGAUAUCACAGCAGGUGCUGGAUUAAGUGACGGGCAGUGGCAUUCGGUAUCCUUAUCAUUGAAAGGAAGUCACCUGAGUGUGAUGGUGGAUGGCGAGGCGGCCUCCGUGGCUCAUUCCUUGCGUGGACAGAUUGAUUCCGGGGACACCUAUUAUUUGGGCGGCUGUCCUGACAGCGUCUCUGGCUCUGGAUGUGGAGGUCCCCUGGGCGGCUUUCAGGGCUGCCUGAGGCUCAUCUCCAUUGGCGACAAGGCGGUGGAUCCCAUCACAGUGCAGCAGGGGGCGCUGGGGAGUUUCCGUGACCUCCAGAUAGACACAUGCGGCCUCACAGACAGGUGUUUGCCCAGCUAUUGUGAGCACGGGGGCGAAUGUUCCCAGUCCUGGGACACCUUUUCCUGUGACUGUGCGCACACUGGCUACCUGGGCGCGACCUGCCAUUCCCCGUUGUACGAGCAGUCCUGUGAAGCCCACAAGCACAGAGGAGACUCUUCAGGGCUCUACUAUAUCGAUUCCGAUGGAAGUGGCCCUCUGGAACCUGCUCUCGUAUAUUGCAACAUGACAGACACCACCGGGACCUCAGUGCAGCACAAUGGCUCACAUCUGGCCAGGGUCAAAAGCUCGGAUGGAGAAAGCCCCCACCCUGUGGCUUUCAAGUACACAGCCAGCAUGGACCAGCUCCAAGCCAUAAUCGACCGUGCGGACCAUUGCCAACAGGAGCUGGCCUUCCACUGCAAGAAGUCAAGGCUUUCGGCUCGCCACGAUGGAACCCCAGUGAGCUGGUGGGUUGGAAGAACCAAUGAAACACACACUUACUGGGGAGGUUCUCUGCCUGAUGCUCAAAAAUGUGCUUGUGGAUUACAGGGAAACUGCCUUGAUUCUCAAUAUUACUGCAACUGUGAUGCUGACCGGAAUGAAUGGACCAGCGACACAAUAGUCCUUUCCCAUAAGGAGCACCUGCCGGUCAUUCAGGUUGUGAUGAGAGACACAGGCCGACCACAUUCAGAAGCCGCGUAUGCGCUGGGGCCUCUGCUCUGCUGGGGGGACAAUUCAUUUUGGAACUCAGCUUCCUUCAACACGGAGACUUCAUACCUUCAUUUCCCUACGUUCCGCGGAGAGUUCAGUGCUGAUGUGUCUUUCUUUUUUAAGACAACAGCUCCUUCUGGGGUGUUUGUAGAGAACCUGGGGAUCACAGACUUCAUCAGGCUAGAGCUACAUGCUCCCUCGGAAGUGACCUUUUCCUUUGAUGUGGGGAACGGACGUUGCGAGGUCACGGUGCGGUCGCCCACCCCCUUUAAUGACAACCAGUGGCACCACGUGAGGGCCGAGAGGAAUGUGAAGGAAGCGUCGCUUCAGGUGGACCAGCUCCCCAGCGAGACCCAAGCUGCACCUGCCGACGGGCACGCGCGGUUGCAGCUCAACAGCCAGCUCUUCGUGGGCGGGACGGCCACCAGACAGAGAGGCUUCCUGGGGUGCAUUCGGUCGCUGCGGCUGAACGGGCUGGCCCUGGACCUGGAAGAAAGAGCGACAAUGACGCCGGGCGUGGAGCCAGGGUGCCCGGGACACUGCAGCAGCUACGGACACCUGUGUCACAACGGAGGGAGAUGCAGAGAGAGACACAGGGGUAUCGCUUGUGACUGCACCUUCUCUGCCUACGACGGGCCAUUCUGCGAAAAUGAGAUUUCUGCAUAUUUUGGAAGCGGUUCGUCCGUUAUCUACAACUUUCAAGAACAUCAUAAUCACACCUUUGGUAAGAACGCCAGCUCCUUGGCAGCUUUAUUUCAUGAGGAUCUGACGCUGACCGGAGAAAUGGCCACACUGAGCUUCCGGACCACAGGGGCCCCCAGCUUACUUCUCUACGUGAGCUCCUUCUACGAAGAGUACCUAUCAGUUAUCCUCGCCCCCAAUGGAAGUUUGCAGAUCAGGUAUAAGCUGGACAGAAACCAGGCACCUGACGUUUUUAACUUUGGUUUUAAAAACCUUGCCGAUGGGCAGUUUCACCAAGUGAAGAUUCACAGGGAAGCGGCCAUGGUCUCUGUAGAGGUUAACCAGAAUGCAAGGAGACAAGUUAUCCUGUCAUCGGGGACAGAAUUCAACGCUGUCAAAUCCCUUAUGUUGGGCACAGUUUUAGAGCCCCCCGGCGCGGACCCGGACACGCUGCGGGCCGGCGCGCGCGGCUUCACCGGCUGCCUCUCGGCGGUGCGCUUCGGCCCCGCCGCUCCGCUCAAGGCCGCGCUGCGCCCCGGGGGCCCCGCCCCGGUCACGGUGCGCGGCCACGUGGCCGCCGCGGCCCGCUGCGCGGAGGGGGCGGGGCCCGGAGCCCCGGCGCGGGAGGCCACCCGCCCGCUGGCAGGUGGCGCAGGUGGCUCUGGACCAACGGACGGGGGACAGCCCUUAGUUACUGCUGACGGAAGGGACUCCGCCGUCAUCGGAGGUAACAGGGCUGUGAAUGACCCGGGCCCUGGCGUUGUUGUCACCGUUGGCCGGAUCCAAAAAGCGUCUGUGGGGAUCCGCGCUGUUGUUCCGGGUGUGAUAGCCGUUGUGAUAUUUAUCUUGCUCUGCAUCACUGCCAUAGCUAUACGCAUUUACCAACAGAGAUGGUUGUACCACAAAAAUGAAUCGAAUAUUCCAAAACACGGAGACAAUGCCGAGACCGCUCUGAGAAGUGAGCUCAAUCUGCAAAGUACAGUCAGUGAAAGCCAGAAGGAGUAUUUCUUCUGAUGGGCAGUAGAGGCUCACUCAUGCAUGGCCCUGGUGACGCGACUUUCGGGCUGAGCCAGGGGCUCCCAGGGGAUGACGCCCCCUCUCGUGCUCUUGGGACAGACGGUGGCCGUGGGGCGCCGUCAGCUUGCUUGUGUGUGGCCCCAGGAGGCCCUGCUCAGUGCUGCUUCAUGAUCUAUUGAUGUAAAAGUGACUUCGGUGUGCUCAUUAAUCACUGUGUGGCAGUUUCUGACUGUUCUGACCUGAUCUUUGAAAAUUCAAAUGUAUUUUGCAUAAUGACUCUGGGUGUUAAGUGAGGGCAAGGAUUUGAGCUGUGGCUCUACUUGCUUAAGACGGGGACACAGACGUUUAUAAAAGUCAGAGUUGGACUCUGAUGUGCGUUGUGUGGAGGUCUGUAUUUUGCUUCCCUUAUCGAUCACCUGCUGACACUCGUAAAGCAGGAAGUGUUUCUCAGAUGGUGUUCGAGUGGUUUCCAUCUUCCUGCACACCAGAGUCUGGUGGCCAAAAAUGCAGUCGAGACUUGGAAAAGAACAUUUUUUGGCUGCUUGUUUUUACUAUUUGUCUCUUUUAAGUCCGUUUGCAUACGUUUUAGUGACGAAGUGCAUCUUGAAUGUCAGCUACGAAAUUCUAGUAUUCUGUUCAUUCAUGGAACAGAAAAAUGCAUAGGUAGCAAAGUGUGUAAAACAUUCUGAUCUGCAAUAUUUGCUUAUUUUACUCUGUAACUGCUCAUUUUAAUCUUUGUAAAUUAUGAUAAAGAUGACCUCAUGAUCUCCCCCAAAACAUCUAUUUUCUAACUAAACCUGUGCCCAGGUAUGAACUCUAUAUUUAACACUGCAAAUGUAUCCUUCACCCAUUUCAUUUAAAUGAAAUACAAUCUUGAAUUUAUUUCCUUCAAAUGUGGGGUGAUUAGGUCACUAUUAUUUGUUGUCCUGUGGUUCCCUUUUUUCUGAGGUGGUCACAACAAUCUGGUUUCUUACGACUGUCUUUUCAUUUACUAGGGAAGAGUCACAAUUUGGAACUAAAGCUCUCCAUUUCUUUUUCUAAAUCCUGAACUGAUCCACGCAAACUCUGGAUUCCCCGAAGGUGGAAGGAUGCUUUUGCGAAGGGAGGGCGCGGGCUGUAGGAUCUGAGUUAAAUCUGGCGUUCCGCUCAAGCAUCUGGGAUCUCGGGGUCCGCUUCCAUUAGAGCCCCCCAAAUCGACCAGCUCAUUUCAUAGUAAGGUAUAUUUGCAUCCGAGGGGAGCAAAGAACGGACACAAACCGCGGGAAUCGUGCCAGGAACUCCUUUCGCGGCAGUGGUCACGAGAUGACUGUGUGCAGCCCACCAUUUGCACCCAACAGCCAGUUACACAAAUGAUGUGCCGCCCUCUUCAGAUGCCACUUGGCCACGUGCCUGCUGGGAAUCAGAUUGCUCCCUUUGACCCCAAUGGGACCACCUGGGACUAUACACAUUUAGCCUUGCUGUUACCUUUGAGUGCACACCUACUUUUCUGUGAUUUUUUUUUAAAGAAUAGAAACAGCCUCUAUACUAAGUCUUUUCUCAAGAAAACCCCUUUUUUUGUUUCUUAGGGUUUCAUAUUAGUUUUCUAUGAGGUGUAACAAACCACCACAAUGUAGUGGUUUAACGCGACACACGUUUAGCGUCUCACUGUUUCUGUGGAUCAGGAGCUAGGCAUGGGUUUACUGUUUCCUAAAAAGCUGUAAUGAAGUGUCAGCCCGGGCUGUGUUCUCAUCUGGAGACUCAGCUAGGGAGUCCUCGUUCUUAACGGCUAUUGACGACAUUCCGUUCCGUACUUCUGGAAGAUUCACGGAAGUCUGCUUCUGUUCAGGGCUAGCAAGAGAGAGCACUACUCUAGUGCAAGUCUGCAAAUACGAGGGAGUUUUAUGGAACAUAAAGUGAUGAUGGGAGUGACAGCCCAUCUCCUUUGCCAAAUUCUGUUGGUUGAAAGCAAGUCACAGGUCCUGCCCACGCUCAAGAGGAGGGGUUUAUGUAGGACUUGUAACCGGCAGGCUGAGAUCAUGGGGUCCCUUUAAAGUCACUCUCUACACUACUAUGUCUUUUUUGAAGUUUCUUUAAGUGAGCGAUGAAGGAUUUUUGGGAUCUCAACAUAGUAAUACAUGAGAAACCUACCUUGGUGAAUGGUAUCCAUACUUUUCGCCCAAAAGGUCUGCGCAGGUCGGGGAAGGAUUCAACGCAAAAUCAUGGGCCCUGUUGCUUCUACGGAAUGCAUAGUUGAAUGUGAACAUCCUGAAAUCGUUGGAACUUUAACAGAUGAUCAUGUUGAGUUCCAAGAGAAUUCAUCACUUUGGUAGCUGGAAUUUUACAGAUUUAUAGAUAGGGCAAUCCGUUGUACUCUGCUCUCUUUUUAAAAGAGAAAACAAAAUGUUUCUACCAAAUUGCAGUGAUGUAUAAUCCACUUUACCAAUUUGUAAACGUCAACCUGCUUAUUUGUUAAUAAAAUAACGUUUUUGAAUUAAAUUAGGAAAAUAUUUUUAAGAGAAAUUGACUGGAAUUUGAAUUGUGAAUUAUAUUGUUUUUUCCCCUAAUCUAUUAAAAAAUGUGCAAAUGUC